AUGAAUGGAACAGCUAAUACCAUCAAGAAUGAGGCUGAUGAGCGAAUGCCAAACCAUGGCCAAGAUAAAGGUCAAAGUCAAAGUCAAGAUCAAGGACAGGGUAAGGGUCAGAGUCAGGGUCAGAGUCAGGGUCAGAAAACCAUGAAGAUUCAGCGACGCAAAGUUGCAAGCUCGUCCCAUCAAUCUUCAUCACCUCACAAUUUACUAAAUCAGGCUCAAAAAUUAAAAAAGACAAGAAUUCAUGAGAUUAAGAAGAAAAGACGUGAUUUCGUACGGCGAAUCAACUAUGUUCACCUUUUAACGGUUGUAAUUCUUCCCUUUUUGGCAUUAUCCUAUAUACUUUAUAGCGGAGAAAGCAUUCUACCUGCUAAUCAAAAAACAAUGUAUUUCACAAUAAUUUACUACAACAUUACAAUGCUUGCAUUUACAUCGGGAUAUCACAAGUAUUUUGCGCACAAUUCGUUUAAAGUGAAAUUUGGAGCGUUGAAGUAUUUUUUUGCGGUAUUUGGCAGCAGCUGUGGAUUGGGCUCCAUACGGUGGUGGGCUUCCUUGCACAGAGCACACCAUCGUUUUACCGAAGAUACUGAGCGUGAUCCAUAUCUGAUUAAACGGGGUUUUAUCUUUAGCCAUUAUGGCUGGUUAUUGAAGAAGCCCAAGGUGACAACGUUUUAUGAUAAUUUUAUCAGUCAGGAAUUCCCGUUAUCAGAUCAAAGAACAGAUGAGGAGCUUAAACAUUUGGAAUACACGUUGCAGAACGAAGUGGCUGAAAUGGGCAAUAAUGAUCAUGAUACAUCAGAUGAAGUCUCCCGAGAGGAUUAUGAUGAGAGCACGCAAUCUUUGUUAGCAUGGCAACAACGCACAUACCCCAUAUGGUUCUUAACUACCACAUUGCUUAUCCCGAUAAUCAUUACAAAGUUUUUGUGUCAUGAUUCUAUGGUGCACGGAUUGUUGUAUCCAGGAAUUCUUCGUAUGUUUCUAUGUCAGCAAUCACUACUCAGUACUGAAUCUAUUUGCCAUUUGAAGCGGAUUCAAGUUACUAUUCCAACACAACCAUUCAACGAUAAAAACUCAUCACAGAAUUGUCUCAAUCCUUUAGUUGCAUUGCUUACGUAUGGGCAGUCACAACAAAAUUUUCAUCACGAGUUUCCACAUGACUACAGAUGUGAUAAUGGUUUUUUCACUUAUGACCCAACAAAGUGGUUUAUAUGGACGAUGGAGAAAUUGGGUAUUGUGCAUGAGUUGUGCCGCACGCCAGACAACUUAGUGGUGCAUCUUAAUCUUCAACAACAGCAGCGUGUAAUCAACCGCACAAAGAGUCAGCUUAAUUGGGGUACUCCAAUCUCGAAACUACCACUUAUCUCACCAAAAGAUUUCAAGAAUAUAAUCGCGUCGUCUUCAAAUAAAGAUCGAAUCUAUAUCGUGAUUCAAAGUAUAAUACAUGAUAUUACCCCCUUUAUGGACCAACACCCUGGAGGCGUUCCUCUUUUGAAAGCUUCGCAUGGGAAGGAUGCUACUAAGGCUUUCUAUGGUGGAGUGUAUGGACACUCAACUGCUGCUAUCAACCUAUUAGCUACAAUGAGAAUAGGCAUUUUGAACAACGGCAACGACGAAGAAGUUUGGAAACGGGUCGUGAAAGAGGAAGGUGAAGUUGAAGACGAGUCGGGUUCGAGAACCGGACAAGCACAGUAUCGUACAGCAGAAGCAGCUUAA